AUGGCGAGCUUUCGAUGCAUUCGCGAGCUGAGCCGCCGCGCUACGACGGUUCUCUCUAUCAAUCAGACGCGUUCGAUCUCUUCGUUUUCUGGGUUUGAGGUUUCCGGGAGUAGCAUUUCUCACGGGACUGUGAUUUCGAAUCGAUCUGUCACUAGGGAUUUGCGAUGGUACAGUCUUUGGUAUCGCUCGCAAGAUCGUUGUUUCUCUUCGAAUACGAAGGGUAGUGAUGAUGAUGAAGAUGAAGAAAGCAGCGAAGGAGAGGAGGAUUAUGAGGAUUCGGCGGAGUGGAAAGUAGAAAGGGAAUAUUCACCGGCGGAGAAAGUGGAGGAAGCGGCGGAGAUUGGGUAUAAGGUGAUUGGUCCUCUUAAACCUAAGGAGCGACUCUUCAAACACUAUGAACCAGUUUUUGCCGUUGUUCAGAUUGGUUCGCAUCAGUUCAAAGUAAGCAAUGGGGACUCCAUUUUCACUGAGAAGUUGAAAUUCUGUGACAUAAACGAUAAGUUGAUCUUGACCAAGGUUCUUCUAUUGGGCUCAGCAAGCCAGACGAUUAUCGGUCGACCUAUCUUGCCAGAUGCGACUGUUCAUGCUGUAGUUGAAGAGCAUGCAUUGGAUGAAAAAGUGCUCAUUUUCAAAAAGAAACGAAGGAAGAAUUAUAGGAGAACAAGAGGACAUCGACAGGAAUUAACAAAGUUGAGAAUAACCGAUAUACAAGGAAUUGAGAAACCAGAACCGAAGAUUGUCCAUAAGCCUUCCAAAGCAGCGGAUACAGAGCAAGCGAAAGUUGAGAUAGUUACUUAG